UUUUAAAGUCACCAAUGAGCGAUACGACGACGAAUGCACCAGAUGUGGAGGAUGAGGAAAGUAAUGAGAAUUUAGUAAGGGACUAUUUGUUACAUCAACUUCAACUGAAUUUGCUACAUGAACAAUGGCAAGGCAAACCACAUGCUGAAGCUGUUGGAGGAUUAAUGGAAGCUAAAAGAAUAAUGCAGGAAAUGGAAGAUGAUGUUGUGAAAAAAUUCAUUGCUUUAAAUGAACAAUAUGAACGAAUUAAUGGAUUAAUAGACCCGGAUAAAAUGUACGAACUAGAAAACUAUCAGGAAAUGUUAAAAGAAAUUGAACAUUUAUCAGUUAAGCGGCAGACUAUUUUGGAUAAGUUCGGUGGUGAUGUAAAAGCAUACAUGGUAGAUCAUCAUGCUCAAGAGGAGCAGCUGGCAAAGCUUAAAACUGAAGUCCAAAAUCAGAGAGAAAUGAUUGCCAUGCUGAAUGCCCGUAUAUCAGAAAUUAAUUCUAAGCUGCAAUCUCCUUAAGUUUCUUCUAUAUUUGAUUAUAUGAUGGUUAGGUUCAUGGAAAAAAGCUGUUGUAUGGCAUUGCAAGGCUUCGUCUUUUUUCCUUUUUCCUUAUAUGAACAGCUGAC